GAUUACCGGUCUUGGAUUAGAAUCCACCUCAUAAUGUUAACCAUUGUCUCGUUUAAUUUUAAUUUCUUCAAAUUAUUAAUUUGAUUUUCUUUGAUUGUUCUCUAUUAAUUGUCAUAAUUAACCUUUCAGCUAACCACUCCUAUUGAGUGAGACUUUCAUUGUGUCAAGUCAUCUACCUGUGAGUUAUCAUAUAAAUUGGAAUAGUCACUUAAUCAACCAUCAUGGCAACAAUACCUUUCCAAAUCUCCAAUCUUUUGGAGAAGAUGACUUCAGCUGACAAAGAUUUCCGUUUCAUGGCUACGAAUGAUUUGAUGGCUGAGUUACAAAAAGAUUCAAUCAAAUUGGAUGAUGACAGUGAGCGAAAAAUUGUUCGAAUGCUGCUUAAACUGUUGGAAGAUAAAAAUGGUGAAGUUCAAAAUUUGGCUGUCAAAUGUUUAGGCCCAUUGAUAAAUAAGGUUAAAGAAACUCAGGUUCAAAUAAUCGUUGAGACACUUUGUGGUAAUAUGACUUCUGACAAGGAGCAACUUCGAGAUAUUUCAAGUAUUGGUCUUAAAACGGUUAUCUCAGAAUUACCUCAAUCAAACACCCCAAUUGCAUCCAGCAUUUGUCGAAGAAUAACUUCUUCUCUUACAAAGAUUAUUUUAGCAAGUGAUGUUACCGUUCAAUUAGAAGUUCUUGACAUUUUAGCUGACCUUUUAAAUCGUUUUGGUCCAGUUUUGAUUUCAUUCCAUCCUCAAAUUGCCGAUUCACUUUUACCUCUCCUUGGAAGUCCUCGUCUAGCUGUUCGUAAACGAUCAAUUCAUGCACUUAGCUUCUUGUCAACCAGUUGCAGUCUCAUUUUAUUUAAUAAGAUUGUUGAAUAUUUAUUGGAUCAAAUGGCUCAUCAUCAACGUACCAUGAAUGUUUCAAGUUUACGAACAUACAUUCAAUGUAUUGCUGCUAUAAGUCGUCAAGCAGGUCACCGAUUUGGUGAGCAUUUAGAAAGAGCGAUGCCACUUGUGUUACAUUUCUGUGAAUCAGAAGAUGAUGAGCUUAAAGAAUUUUGUAUUCAAGCAUUUGAAUCGUUUGUUCGUCGAUGUCCCAAAGAGAUAACUUCUCAUAUACCAACAAUUACCCAGAAUUGUUUACGAUACCUUUGCUAUGAUCCUAAUUAUAAUUAUGAAGAUGCAGAUUCUGAAGAAAUGGAAAUGGAUCAAGAUGAUGCCGGUGAUUCUAAUGAAGAAUAUAGUGAUGAUGAUGAUAUUAGUUGGAAGAUUCGUCGAGCAUCAGCUAAAUGUCUUCACGCUGUCAUCUUGACUCGUCAUGAUAUGAUUGUUGAUUUUUACAAUUUCAUUUCUCCAUCAUUGAUUGCUCGUUUUAAGGAAAGAGAGGAAAAUGUAAAAGUUGAUAUUUUCCAAGCUUAUAUUGCUCUAUUGAAACAAACCCGUGGCGGUAAUGGUCUUGGUGCUGAUCAUCAAAAUCCAAUCCAUCUUUUAAUGCAACAAGUUGCUUCUCUUGUUAAAUCACUUCAUCGACAAUUACGAGAGAAAAGUAUAAAAACUCGUCAAGGUUGUUUCGCUUUACUCUCCGAACUUAUCAAUGUGUUACCUGGUUGUCUUCGUGAUCACACUGAAAGUUUGUUCCCUGGUAUUUUAUACUCUCUUGGUGACAAAAAUUCUAAUUCAAAUAUGAAAAUAGAUACCCUGGUUUUCUUGAGUAACAUGAUUCGAACUCAUCCUCCUCAAAUUUUUCAUCCUCAUAUUCAUAUUUUAUUACCAACUGUUAUCACCUGUGUAGCUGAUUCUUUCUAUAAAAUCUCAUCUGAAGCAUUGGUUGUCCUCACCUUAAUGGUACGAGUAUUACGACCCUCAGAUUUGGCGGAUGAAUUUCAAUUCACACCUUUUAUCUCAACAAUUUAUGAGCACACUUACAAUAAAUUGAGAACUGCUGAUAUUGAUCAAGAAGUUAAAGAAAGAGCCAUCACUUGUAUGGGAACAAUAAUAAGUACUUUUGGUGAUUGUAUGCAAGAACAAUUAACAACCGUAUUACCUUUGCUGGUUGAUAGAUUGAGAAAUGAAAUUACAAGGUUAACUUGUGUCAAAGCUUUGACGGAAAUUGCAAGUUCCAGAUUCCAUGUUGAUUUGGCUCCCCUACUAUCAGAAGCGGUGCCCAUUUUAGCCUCAUUUUUACGAAAAAAUCAGCGAACACUGAAACUGCAAACCCUACAUCUAUUAGAUACCUUGGUACGAAAUUAUGGUGAAAAUAUUGGAACCGAAGCGAUCAACAUUGUUCUCAAUGAGGUUACCCCAUUAAUCAAUGAAAGUGAUCUACACAUUUCACAAUUAACUCUUUCACUGCUUACAUCUUUAACCAAAUCAUACCAAGCUUUUCUUCCAGUUAUUCCUCAACUCAUCUUACCUGAAACUCUUGUUCUGGUUAAAAGUCCUCUCCUUCAAGGUACAGCGCUUCAAUCGGUUCUCGAAUUUUUCCAAGCAUUGGUUCGCAGUGGUUUCCCUGGUCUCGAUUAUUAUACACUUGUAAAUCAACUAAAUUCACCAAUUUACAUGAUGAAUCAACAAGGUGAACAAUUACAUCCUCCAUUACACAAACAAGCUUACCAUUCGAUUGCCAAAUGUAUCGCUUCAAUUUCAAUAAUUGACCAUAAACGUAGCAUAAAAGCAGUUCGACAUUUUAUCCGUGAUAUCGAGAAUAGCGGUCAUUCGCCAUCGAUUCAGAUGUUUGCCCUUCUAACGAUCGGAGAGAUUGGUAAAAAUGUUGAUCUUUCAACGAUCGAUGAACUGAAAGCACUUCUUAUAAACGCUUUUUCAUCUCCAAGUGAAGAAGUCAAAUCGGCUGCAUCAUUUGCUUUGGGUAGUAUCAGUGUUGGUAAUCUCAAUGAGUUUCUACCUUUCUUAUUGGAUGAGAUUGAGAAAAAGCAGAAAGGUCAAUAUUUGUUACUUCAUUCACUGAAAGAAAUUAUCAGCUGUCAAUCAAUCAAUGAUCAAAUGAUUCAAUCAUUGUCUCCUUUCUUGGAUAUCAUCUGGGAGCUUCUAUUGAAACACUGUGAAUGUCCUGAAGAGGGAACUCGUAAUGUGGUUGCUGAAUGUCUCGGUAAAUUGACCUUAAUGAAUCCCGAAGUGCUUCUUCCUCGACUUGAGAUAUUUUUACGUCACCCAUCACCAUGGGCUCGAAGUACUGCUGUGACUGCGAUGAAAUUCACAAUCUCAGAUCAAAAACAAGCAAUUGAUCCUCUUUUACGAUCAUCAAUUGGUAAAUUCCUUCUCACUCUCAAGGAUUCUGAUAUGAAUGUGCGUCGAGUUGCAUUAGUUGCCUUUAAUUCAGCGGCUCACAACAAACCUUCAUUAAUUCGAGAUCUUCUCGAUGAGGUUUUACCUCAGCUUUAUGAUGAGACUAAAAUUAAGAAAGAGUUCAUUCGAGAAGUUGAAAUGGGACCUUUCAAACACACUGUCGACGAUGGUUUGGAUAUUAGAAAGGCCGCUUUCGAGUGCAUGUAUACUUUGUUAGAUUCAUGUUUGGAUAAAAUUGAUAUUUUCGAGUUUCUUAAUCAUGUUGAAGAUGGAUUACGAGAUCAUUAUGACAUUAAAAUGCUCACUUAUCUUAUGCUGGUCAGACUUUCAGUCCUCUGCCCAUCAGCUGUUGUGAACAGAUUGGACCGACUCAUUGAGCCUUUGAAAGCAACUUGUGAGAUUAAAGUUCAACAAAACGCUAUAAAACAAGAAUUUGAGAAACAAGAUGAGCUUAAAAGAUCAGCCUUAAGGGCAUCUUUGGCUUUAACCACAAUCCCAGACGCAGACAAAAAUCCUGCUGUUAAUGAUUUUCUUAAUCACAUCAAGAAUUCAAGAGAACUUUCAAAAUUAUAUGAACAAAUUCAAAAAGAUUCUACCGCAUCAGCUGAUAAUGUUUCUCCCAUGGAAAUCUCUUGAUAACCUUUCCCUAAUUUUCCACCAGUAAUCAAUCCACUCUCCAAUUUUUCUCUUCAAUCAUUUAUCAAACAAAUCAUUAAAUUGUUACAAUUAAUUAUUAGAGAAGAAGACAACACUUAAUUUACUAAACAGAGGAACAAACUUUCUUAUUAUCAUUACAUGUUGGGUCAAUUCUGUAAAUUUACACAGCCAAAUGUAAAUUGUAACUUUCUCAAAAUUUGAAAAACAACAAAUCCUCAAAAGAUAAAUGAAUGAAUAGAUAUUUAAAGAUUACUGUAAACGAAAUGAUUUUUUUUCUCAAUAAAUAUUUAUACCGUUGAAAAAAAUA